GAUAUUUAAAUGCGAUUGAGGGCACGCAGGCUAAUUGCAAUUUGGCACUCCACAGGUCACCUUCCUCCGAGUCCCUGAAACAGAGAAGUGAGAUGGAGACGAAACAGAAACGUGAGCAGUUCAAAGGCCAGCCGAGACUACCGAAAUUUGCAGUCCCGAAACGUUACGAUCUGAAGCUCAAACCGGACCUUGUCGCCUGUAAAUUCACUGGAAUCGUGGAGAUCGACGUCAACAUAGUUGAGGACACUAAAUUUAUCGUUCUCAAUGCAGCUGAUCUCAUCGUUGAUAAUGGCUCUGUGUGGUUCAGGAAUCGGAGCUCGUCCAAGUUAUCUAGUACUUAUGAGAUUAAUGGGGAGAAGAAGAACAUGGCGGUCACACAGUUCGAACCCGCAGAUGCGAGGCGCUGUUUUCCAUGCUGGGACGAACCUGCCGUUAAGGCAACGUUCAAAAUAACAUUGGACGUGCCAUCUGAUCUGAUGGCUUUGUCCAAUAUGCCAGUUGUUGAAGAAAAGCUUGAUGGACAUUACAAAACAGUUUUCUUUCAGGAGUCACCAAUUAUGUCAACUUAUUUGGUGGCUAUUGUUGUUGGCCUGUUUGAUUAUGUAGAAGAUGCGACACCUGAUGGGGUUAAGGUUGGGGUGUACUGCCAAGUUGGUAAGGGAAAUCAAGGAAAAUUUGCUCUAGAUGUUGCUGUCAGGACACUCGAUCUAUAUAAAAUGUACUUUGAUGUACCAUAUCCACUUCCCAAAUUGGAUAUGGUUGCCAUUCCUGAUUUUGCUGCUGGGGCCAUGGAGAACUAUGGUUUGGUUACAUAUCGUGAAACAGCUUUACUCUAUGAUGACCAGCAUUCAGCAGCUGCUAACAAGCAAAGGGUUGCUAUUGUAGUGGCCCAUGAGCUGGCACACCAGUGGUUUGGAAAUCUUGUAACAAUGGAAUGGUGGACUCAUUUGUGGCUUAAUGAGGGAUUUGCCACAUGGGUGAGUUAUUUAGCAGCUGACAAGUUGUUUCCCGAAUGGAAAAUUUGGACCCAAUUUCUUGACCAAACUACUGAGGGUCUUAGGUUGGAUGGGCUUGCAGAGUCACACCCUAUUGAGGUGGAGAUUGGCCAUGCUGGUGAGAUUGAUGAAAUUUUUGAUGCAAUAAGUUAUAGAAAAGGUGCCUCUGUUAUCCGUAUGCUGCAAAGUUAUCUUGGUCCUGAGUGUUUUCAGAGAUCGUUGGCUUCAUACAUAAAAAGGCAUGCUUACUCAAAUGCAAAGACAGAAGAUUUAUGGGCUGCUCUUGAGGAGGGAUCUGGUCAGCCAGUUAACAUGCUAAUGAACUCAUGGACAAAGCAAAAGGGAUAUCCGGUUGUCUCUGUGAAGGUCAAUGAUAACAAGUUGGAGUUUGAGCAGGCACAAUUCUUGUCAAGUGGAGCCCCUGGGGAUGGGCAAUGGAUUGUUCCUAUAACACUAUGUUGUGGUUCAUAUGAUACCCAAAGGAAUUUCCUUCUACAAACAAAAUCGGAAACACUAGAUAUAAAGGAAUUUCUUGGUUGCUCAUUUUCUAAAAACAUAUGUGUGGAGAAAGAAAAUCAAGAGAAAUGCAGCAAAAGCAAUGCAGAAUGCACUUGGAUUAAGCUCAAUGUUGAUCAGACUGGUUUCUACAGGGUGAAGUAUGACGAUGAGCUUGCCACCAGGCUUAGAUAUGCAAUAGAGGCUCACCAUCUAUMUGAGACAGACAGAUUUGGUAUUUUGGAAGAUUCAUAUGCCCUUUGUGUGGCUUGCAAGCAAUCAUUAUUCAUUUGUUUACGUUCCAUAAUAUUUUAUUGUCUUUCCAAUUUUCAUCCAUCAGACGGUAACUUGUACAGGAAAUUAGGUUGGGAGCCUAGGAAAGGUGAGAGUCACUUGGAUGCCAUGUUGAGAGGGGAGCUUUUAACUGCACUUGCUCUAUUUGGACAUGCUGCUACACAAAAGGAAGCAAUUAGACGUUUUGAAGCAUUCUUAGAAGAUAGAAAUACACAUCUUCUCCCUCCUGACUUAAGAAAGACAGCAUAUGUUGCUGUGAUGCAGAAUGUCAGCACAUCAAACAGGGGCGGUUAUGAAUCUCUUCUUAGAGUUUAUAGAGAGACUGAUCUAAGCCAGGAGAAAGGGCGCAUUUUAAGUUCUCUUGCUUCUUGUCGAGAUCCUGGUGUCAUUCUUGAAGUUCUCAAUUUUUUGUUGUCUUCUGAGGUAAGAAGCCAAGAUGCUAUUUUUGGACUUGCAGUAAGCAGGGAGGGACGUGAAACUGCCUGGGGAUGGCUUAAGGAUAACUGGGAGUUCAUCUCAAAGACAUGGGGUUCUGGGUUUCUUAUUACCCGCUUCAUCAGUGCCAUUGUGUCACCGGUCUGUCUCAGAUUCCAUAUUUACUCUAUUUUCUUCAUAAUCCUUGAUUGCUUAAGUACUGUGAUCAUACUAACUUGA